UGUUUCUUUCAAACGCCUUAAACCCUAGUUACUUCCUCCGUCUUUGUCUCUCUGUCUGCGUCUCUUCUCAAAAACCCUACAAACAAAACACUCUCUGCUUCGCAAAUUCGAACCUUUGAAUCUGAAUCAUGCCGCGCAAGAAGAAAGCUCACGACCCAUUCUUCACCAACGAUUCCCGAAAGCGCCAAAAACCGAAUAAAAAACUCGACGAAGAUGAGGAAGACGCCGAGAUAGAAAGCGACUUUGAUGAAGACGGCUUCUUCGCCGGCGGCGGUGGCGGCGGCUCGGGUGAAGAGCAGGAGGAGGAAGAGACCGGCGCGGAGGUGCGGAAGAGACUCGCACAGGACCUUCUCCAAAGGGUUCGGAAAAGCGCGCAGAAAGGAGAGGAAGAAGAGGAUGAUAAAGAAGAAGACGAAGAAGGAGCAAGAGACUCGCUCGUAGCUCAGAAGUUGUUGAAGGAGCAAAAUGAGGAAAGCGGACGCGUCAGAAGAAGCAUUGCUUCAAGGGUGAAAGUGAGUGGUACUGGUGAUGAAGGAUUUAGGGUGUUGGUGAAGCACCGGCAUAGUGUGACGGCGGUGGCUCUGUCUGAGGAUGAUUCGAAGGGCUUUUCGGCAUCAAAAGACGGAACAAUUAUGCAGUGGGAUGUGAAUAGUGGGCAGUGUGAGAGGUAUAAGUGGCCCAGUGAUACGGUGUUGAAGUCUCAUGGCUUGAAGGAUCCGCAAGGCUCGGCUACGAGGCAAAGUAAACAAGUAUUGGCUUUGGCUGCGAGCUCGGAUGGUCGCUAUUUGGCGACCGGAGGCCUUGAUCGCCAUAUUCAUAUAUGGGAUACUCGCACCAGAGAGCAUCUUCAGGCUUUUCCAGGUCAUAGAGGUCCUGUUUCUUGUCUGACUUUUAGGCAAGGAACUUCAGAGCUUUUUUCUGGUUCAUUUGAUCGGACAAUUAAGAUAUGGAAUGUUGAAGACAGAACUUACAUGAGUACUCUGUUUGGUCACCAAAGUGAAAUUUUAAGUAUUGAUUGCUUACGCAAAGAAAGGGUACUGACUGCUGGACGUGAUCGUAGCAUGCAAUUGUUUAAGGUUCAUGAAGAGUCACGUCUUGUAUUUCGUGCUCCUGCAUCCUCCUUAGAAUGCUGUUGUUUUGUUAGUAAUGAUGAACUCUUGUCUGGUUCGGAUGAUGGAAGCAUUGAGCUUUGGACUGUAAUGCGAAAGAAGCCUAUUUACAUUUUGAGAAAUGCUCACGCAUUACUGGUGGAUAGCAUGAAAUCUGACCAAAAGGACAGUGAAAAACUCCCCAAUGGUAACUUAGAAAAUGGUUACAACCAUCCUGAGAAUCACCACUGUUUGUCAGUAUUCUCUUGGGUCAGUGCGGUCAGUGUUUGUAGAAACAGUGACCUUGCUGCAUCUGGGGCUGGCAAUGGUUCUGUUCGAUUAUGGGAAAUUGAAAGUGAUACCAAAGACAUUAAAUCUCUUUAUAAUGUGCCAUUGGCUGGGUUUGUGAAUUCCUUGGCUUUUGCAAAAUCAGGAGAAUUCUUAGUUGCUGGAGUUGGACAGGAACCUCGUCUAGGAAGGUGGGGACGUAACCCUGAAGCUCGAAAUGGAGUCUCAAUUUUGACAUACGAAAUGUAACAUUGAGUUGAAUGUCUGUCCGUGAUCUUAAUUAUAUGAAUCAAUUGCAUUUAUUUUUACGAUUGUCAUAGAUAA